AUGGACUCUACCUCUGGGAGAAGGGUGCGUUUAGCAUGCGACUCAUGCCACAACAUGAAGAUGAAAUGCUCUGGCGGACGGCCUUGUAUGACCUGUACAAGAUAUAGGCACACGUGCAUCUACAGUGCUCCCAACCGUAUCGGUCGACCUAAGGGUUCCAAAAACAAGACAGUCACUCCCCUUGCAACGACUGAUUCCUCUUCUUGUGCCGAUGUGUCCAGAGACAGCGGGAUGGCCGAGACAUGGAACUGGGAUUUACCAGGGUCACCUUUACUUGUGGGGGGGAAUUUUGAGGUUCCGACAACGACUCGCGCCAACGAGUUCAACAGACCACCUUUAACGACUCUAUCGGAUUAUGACCUUCAUACCAAUUUGUCUUCUAGCGCACCUGCUUCUCUGGCAAGAACCUACUUGCCUGAACCUGGGGACAACUCGUCUUCUACUGUUCCAAAUAACAUGCAGGCGUUCUCAGGAGAAGAGUAUUCUUCAUUCCCCGCCCCGGGGCCGCCGUACCAGCUACCACAACCUCAGUCCGCUGCGCCGGGAACAAGGCCCAACGCCAGUAUCCCCUGCCAAAAAUGCAACUGCGUCAGUGUGCAGGCGGACUCUCUGUCGAGCCUUCGAAAGCGGGAAGCCGAACCAUGUCCCAUCGCAUUCCCGAUCGUUCUUGAAGCAACUCAAGAUAUCCAGAUCCGAUGGGGGGCGCUGCUCGGGUGCUCGCUCUGUCGCACGGACGGGGACCACGUUGCACUCUUACUGCUCGCGAUGAGUCUGCGUCUGGUGCUUCGCUGGUUGCAGCUGGCCAUCUACGAUCGUGUGUCGUUAUCCCACGAGCCUCCCACCCCUACUACACAUACAACGCCUCAACGCUCCCGCCGCUCGAGCCUCUUGGCCAUCGGCGAGGUGCUCUCCCCCAGCUUACAUGGAGACAAGAGCCGUUCGGCCAGAAUGUCAGCUAGCGGUCGAGUUCGCCCGAGGUCCAGCAACUUGUCAGCCGAUCGCAUACGCAUAGGCAAUUACGAGCUGCCUGACGAGGAGCAUAACUUUGUGAUGGACAUGCUCACUAGCCGGACGCUUGCGCGGCUCCGGCAGACCCAGAUUGGCAUCACGACGUACUUCCAACAAUUUCAGGGUGGCGUGAACUAUUCCAUGACGGGCCAGAAAAAGUCCAUCAGCGUCGUGCUGGACCAUUUGAAACACUCCAUCCAGACGACCGAGCAAUUGGUGCAGAAGGUUGCGCAAUAG